AUGAACGCUCAGGAGGAGCCGGUCACAGAUCCAGUCGAAGCAGCGGCCGUCUUCCAAGUCUUGCAGGGAAUCAACUACGAGAUUGAUUGGAAGGGGAUGUUCCCAGGCGAUCCCUGCACCGGAGGCCCCCACGGCAUAGCCUGCGACAUCGACUCCAACAACGUCUACCACGUCGUGGAGCUCAACCUCGGCUGGGUGUCCGACUACGUCAACAAUCCUCCAUGCAGCUUCAACGCCUCCAUCCACCCCGCAAUUUUCAGAUUCAAGCACCUCAAGAAGCUCUUCUUCUACAAGUGCUUCGUCCACUCGCCUGUGUCCAUACCCCCGGAGAUAAUCCAGCUCAAGGACACGCUCCAGCACCUCACUUUCCAGAACAAUCCUUCUCUCGUAGGCACCAUCCCCGUGGAACUGGGAAAUCUCACCAGCUUGGAGAGGCUCGUCCUCGCGGAGAACAGUCUGGAAGGAGCGAUCCCAGCGGAGGUAGGCAACUUGCAAACUCUGAGGCAGCUGGUUCUUAGUCACAAUCGUCUCGCUGGUCGCGUCCCUCGAACCAUUGGCGGCCUGACGAGUCUCGUCAUACUCGACUUGAGUGAGAACAAGCUUACCGGAGAGAUCCCGUCUCAGCUGUAUUCGCUUGCGGAGCUCCAGAAGAUGGACUUGAGUCACAACCGGCUACAGGGUCCAAUUGCUGAAGAUAUCUGCAACCUCCAGGCUCUCCAGUUCCUCGACUUGAGCUAUAACAAUCUCAGCGGCCGUCUUCCGGACAAGUUGGGACAGCUCGCCAGCCUCCAGUAUCUGUUUCUCGGAAGCAAUCUCAUCGGUGCGGAGCUUCCGAACAUCUGGGACAGUCUCGGGAACUUAAUCGCAGUCGGUCUCUCCAAUUCACGCUACGCUGGACCAAUACCAGCGUCUAUCGGUGCGUUGCAGAAGCUCAAUUCCCUGUCUCUCGACGGCAACCAGUUCUCCGGACGGAUCCCUUCCAACAUCGGCACGCUGCCGAACCUCUACCACAUGAAUCUCAGCGCAAACUCCUUGUUCGGCCCGGUUCCAUUCACUUCGAGUUUAGUCGGAAGGCUUGGACGCAAUCUCAUCGUCAGGAAUAACACAGGACUGUGCUACGAGCACUCGAUGGUGAGUGACGUCCCGGAUGCCUUGGGAUUAGCACCUUGCAGUUCACUUUCGUCCUCGACACGGGGUGGAUCUCCAGCCGGUUUGCCUGCUAGCAGCAGUGUAGCGAGCUUCUCGUCGGCAGUCUUUCAUGUUUUCGCGAUCUUGCUCCUACAAAUGCAGAGGCUGUGA